AUGAAGGUCAACAUUCACUCAGGGCAGCCUUCUGCCACCACUUGUCGGGCCUCUCGCGCCCCUGUGCCAUUCCGCAGACGCCACCCUCUGAAUCUUGGGAGAUCGUUUCCUGGUAACGAUCCGCACACCUUUGCGAGCUGGACUCGAACAUUUGUCACGUACGUCGAUCAAAGAUAUCGACGUCCAGAUAUUCCGUCAUGGCCUCAGCCCAUUCAAGACCUAAGCGAUCUCAUCGAGAGCACUCCAGAACUUCGAAUGCUUGCUUCAGCCAUGUUUGAUGAAGUUCCAAGCAAGCAACCUUAUCUCAGGGAUCCGGCCGGACACAGACAAGUUCGAGAUUACCAGCACAUGCUCCAUCUCUUCUCCAUCAUCAUGACCAAGAUUGCACCCAGUUGGAGCAUGUCCGAGCAUGGCCUAGGCAUCGUCGGAUUUCCAUUCAACGCAGUACUCGACUGGCCCAUGGCGACUCGCAGCGGAUACGCCUUCUUCCUCAAGGCUGAAGUAAACGCCAAGCUCAAGGUCAUCCUUGACACAUGGAGAGACAGUGUCCUCAAGACAAACAAGUCGCAAUACGUCCUCACCACCGAUCCAGAUGGAUGGCUAAGCAGAAAUGUGCUCGUCACCAUUGAGGGAGAGACCAAUGUCGACGGUCAAAAGCCCCUACCCUUCCAUCAGAUCUUUGAAUGCGACCCCAUCGGUGAUCCUGUACACUGGGGUUUCCAGUGCUGGGAUGACUUUUUCGUGAGGAAGUUUAAGGAUAUGGACAAGAUCAGGCCCGUUGCAUUCCCUGAUGACCCAAGAUGGAUCGUCAACGCCUGCGAGUCGAGACCGUAUGCUCUGCAGGCCAACGUCAAGGAAUACGACACAUUCUGGCUAAAGGGUCAGCCAUACUCUGUCGCCGAAAUGCUAAACCAUCACCCAGACGCAGGUCAAUUUGUCGGCGGCACAGUAUUCCAGGCCUUUCUCAGCGCUACGGCCUACCAUCGCUGGAGUUCCCCAGUCUCAGGGAAAGUCAUCCACUCUGAAAUCAUCGACGGGACAUACUUUUCAGAGCCAACCUUUGACGGCUUUGCAAACUCUGAAGGUCCUGAUCAGGCCGGCCCCGAUCGAGCUCAAGGCUACAUCUCCCACGUAGCCACACGAGCCAUGUUCUUCAUUGACACGGAGGGCCCAGUCGGAGUUGUUUGCGUGCUCUUUGUUGGAAUGGCGGACGUAUCAACGUGCGAGAUCUUGGAACAGUUUCGGCGAGGUCUACCGCGGACUGUCGCCAAGGGAGAAGAACUGGGCAUGUUCCAUCACGGAGGAUCAACCUAUUGUCUUCUUUUCCCACCCGAUGUGAACCUUACAUGGGUUACUGCUGCAUAUCCUGGUAUCUCGGAUAAGAACAUUCCGAUUCGCAGCGGGUUGGCGUAUGCAUGUCCUGCAGCUUCGACGAGGCGUGCGCGUCCUAGGAUUACCACUGGAGAAAUGCUGGGUUUUGAUAAGAUGGAAUUGCUCUAA